UGUUUUUAUUAAACUUUGUUUUUGGCGGUUAACAGCUUUUUAACUGAAGUCCUUUCUCACUGCUUUACCUGUAGCGUGUUUUAAAGAAUGUUGUUUUGAUGCUAAUUAUUUUCUCUUCGUUGUUAAUUGAUUUGAUCUUAGCUGUCGUAUUUGAAGAAAUAAAUAAAACUUCUGUUUUAGACAUUUCCGUAAGGUUUGAAUAUUUCGCUGAUAAAAUGAACCGAAAAUGGAAUUUAUUUAAAAAGAAUAAAAUAAAUAAAACAGACAGCCACGGUACGACUCUCGUUGAUGAAGAAAUUCAAUUCCAACCGACCACGGACAAUAACUCGCAAUGGAAAGGAAAUAGUUUAAAACCGAGCACCACCAAGCCCACUAGGGGGCACCAGAGUGGGGAGGAAGGUCAUGUGACCAAGGAGAACGAGUACGAGAACUCUGAGGUCGCUCGAGGGGUCGUAAGGUCACGAGGUGAACUAAUGCCCUUAGAUACAAGAUCCGUUGUACCCCGCACCUCACCCACGAUUACAAAGAAAUUGAUCAAACCUGGAAAUAAAAACGCGACCAUGUUGAUCCCGUCAAGUGACCCUUCGUCUAGCAUUUCCAUCAGCGACGAGUACGUUGAACCGUUUGAUUCGGUGAAGCGUGACAACAAAGCCAUGGAGGGAUACAUUGAACCUUACGAAGCACAACAGAUGUAUCAAGAAUUAACGCAAAACAGUGACGCAGCAAAAUCUUCGAAAUCAAAGAUUUAUGACGAGCCGUGGGAUAAAUCGAAACAAAAAGACAAAGAUUACGAGGAGCCCUGGGACAAAACCAACACCCUUCCAUACAAGGACAACAAUAACAUAAACCACGGGUCCAGUGAUUCGUUAUCUGCGUUGAGGGGGAAACAGAAGAUGGUGUUUGUCCCGAGCCAGCAGAGGUCGCCAUCGUCGUCACCCAUGUUGGAUCGUAGGUUAAUACGACCUCCCGAUACCAACACACGGAGGCAGGAGAGAGUAGUAGACCACCGUUUGAUCAAAGUUGAGCCGUCGUUCGACGAGAUUCGACGCAGCAACUCCCGUAACACCGGCAGCAGUGGAACCAACUCUCCAAUAAGCAAACAUAACUCACCCAACCAUUCGCCCGUCAACACAUUGAUCGUCACUAACGAGGUUGUGGAUUUACGACGAGCCUCGUCACCGCUGGUGCAGCCAAUGAAUAUAUCGUUGUACCGACUUAGUAAAGCUAAAAGUCGCUCGCUCGAUAUUCGCAGCAAACAAGGGUUGUCGGCGUUGCGAGGGGAUGGAGGGAUUCCUAAAAGCUCGUCCGAUGAUCAUUUGGUGCAAUCCGCCCAAGUGACGGUCCCGACAAACAAGUCACUCGAUGGGGUAAGCGAGUACGAGGAGCCGUGGGACACAGAAACAACAUUAAAGCACGGAAAUCCCCAUAUUUCGCACUCGAGGUCACGAUCUUAUGAAAUAAGUUCGGUGCCCCAGCUCAACAGACACAGCAAGUCCCAUUCGUUUGACAACCAGGAUCCUGGCGAUGAUUACGAACACCCGUGGGAUAAACCAAGCAUACCUAAAGUUCAUCUGGAGUCGAUGCAACGAUUCCAACAUCGACAGUUGGAGCUUCAUCCCUCGGAAGCGAUCGCCGAUAAAGAUUUCGAUCCGUUGCUACCACUGACCAAGCAAGGUUGGUAUCAUGGAGCGAUCACGCGAGAUGAAGCGAACAUGAGGUUAUCGCGUGAAGUUCCCGGGAGUUACCUCGUGAGGAAUAGCGAAAGUACUGCGAACAAUUACAGUUUAUCACUAAGAACGCGUAGCACCACUAUACACAUGGUCAUAUCAUCCACACGCGAUGGCUUUUGGAUUCUCGGUGAAUUCAGCGCUCCGUUCCACAGCGUGCCCGAGAUGAUAGCUUUCUAUUCAACCCAUCGUCUCAAAAUCAACGACACGCAGAAUAUUUCACUUAAAUAUCCCAUCACCGAAGAUUAUCUUUGAAUUAUUUUCUAUUUUCAUUUAAAUUAAAUUAUUAUAUUUUAGCUGUUUAUUUUGCCCUGAAAGUGAUUUCGCAUUUUUAAUUUUUAUGCAGAAUUUUUACCACGUAAUAACUGCAGUAGUAACUAGGAGAUUCGGCCGAACAUUUUGGUCGCGCGACAUAUUUUAUAUUUUCAUUUCUAUCAACAAUGAACAUUGGUGAUGUCAUAAUGUAAUUGUGAUGUGUAUAAACCAUAUUGUUGUUUCAAACCAAUAUAACAAUAGACACAAUGGAUAUGUUCUAGUA